AUGGUCUCUUUCCGCAACAUCAUCGCUGGCACUAUUGCCCUUGCUGCCCCCGCCAUGGCUGCUCUCACCUCCACCCAGAUUGCCGAUACGCUCAGGACCUUGACAGCCAAGUCCCAGGCUCUCCAGGCUCCCGCUCAGCAGAUCACCAUCAUCAACGGCCCUCUCAUCGUCGUUGGCCUUGGCCCUUUCCCUCAAAUCAUCCAAGGUUUCACUGAGAUCAUCACCAUCACCACUACCGCCGUCCCUCAGAUUGUUGCCACCCCUAGAUUCGAGCUCGACGCCGACCGGAAGACCGUCGCCGACGCCUUCCGCGAGUUUGUCCGCGUCCACCAGGUGCUUCUCAACAUCUUGAUCGGAAAGGCUGGCCUCUUCCAGACCGUCCCCAUCAUUGGACAGCCAGUUGCCGCCGUCCUUCGCCAGCUCGAGUCUGUUGUUGAUUCUGCUGCUUUUGCCCUCAUCAAUGUCGUCGCUGGCACCAACGAUGUCCCCAAUCAGGCCAACUCUCUCGGCAACACCAUUGACAUUGCCAUCAAGAGCUACGAGGGUCUCCAGGUUACCAAGCGUGAGAAUGUCAUUCCCGCUGCUGCCAUCAAGGCCGCCCCCAUCGGCCGCCGCGCUCAGAUGAUCGCUGCCUAA